AUGACGACGGCGCAGCUCUAUUCGAGGAAGACAGGCGUGGAGCUAACGGAUGACGAAGGCGGAGACUCCGAAAUCCCCGUCCACCUUCGCCCCCUCGUCUCCGCCGCGGAGUCCGGCGACGUAGAUGCCCUCCGCCUAGCCCUUGAAAGGGCAGCAAACAUAGAGGCUAAGGAUGAGGAUGGAGGAAUUCCUUUGCACGACGCCUGUGCCGCUGUGCGGGAGGUCCAAAUAGCCCAACUUCUCAUAAACUCCGCAAAUAACCCAGAGCGUGUGAGGAGAAUGCUCGAAACUGUCGAUAUGGAAGGGGACACAGUGCCUCUUCACCAUGCUGCUAGAGGCGAAUAUGCCGAUACCGUGAGAUUGUUGCUUGCUUAUGAGGCUUGUCCAACUAAGACAAACUUUUACGGAAAGUAUUGGUUACCAAGGGCUAGACGGAGGGCAUCUACAUCGCCGGACUCCGCGGCGGAGACGAGGGGGCGAAGGUGGACGGGGAUUUCGGAGUCUCCGCCUUCAUCAUCCGUUAGCUCCACGUCGUCUUACUCGAAUAGAGCUGCGCCGUCGUCAUCUUCGUCCCGCCGACCGUUAGGCACCGCCAUCUCCGUCUGA